CACUAAAGAUCAAACGACGACGCGAGCGAAUACUCUCUUUGAUGAUGCAGAUGACAUACAACGACAGCUUAACAACGAAGCUCACGACAAAAUGAUGUAUGGAAAGCCAAAAACAGUUUGGAUUUUGCACUUCCCAACGGAAUACCCAAACGGUCACACCACGCCUUGGUCACGACAUGCACGAGAAUUCAAUGUAACGCAGUUUGAAGAGGCUUUUCGGAAAAAAACCAAAACGACGAGACAACCUCAUAAAGAAUUAAUAAAACACUGGGAUUGGAGCUAUAAAGAUCAAUACGUAUGGAAAAAACACUUCCCAGCGUGUGGCGGCCGGUCUCAGUCACCAGUUGACCUCCCAGCGAUGGGGUUGAUAAUGACCAGGGGGUGCCGACAACUCACCUUUCUCAAUUAUGAUAUUAUGCCGAAAAGUAUGACGUUGAGAAACAAUGGAAAAUGGCUCGUCCUCUACGGUAAAUGGGAAUGUUGCCAUCAACCCGUCGUUUACGGCGGCGCGGCGCACAGCCGUCGGUACGUGUUCCACUCGAUAACCCUCCGCUGGCCCUCGGAACAUCGUAUAGGGGGUGUAAUGUACCCCCUGGAGAGCCAGGUCAUACAUAUAUCGGCCGAACACAAAACAUUGGAGGACGCAAUCAAAGCAACGCCUCACGACGCUCAAGCGAUACUUGGAAUCGUGAAUUUUUAUAAGUUUAGUAACGAAACGCAACACGGAUUGGAAGAGAUACUACACGUGGCUAAGAGUUCUCGUGACAUAGAUGUCAGCAUGCCACCGAUGCCAUUGGCAUUCUUGAACCCCCCGCUGAAAGAGUACGCAGGAUACCAGGGCUCGCUCACCAUGCCACCCUGCUCUGAAAAUAUCUUGUGGCUUGUUAGAGCCAGAGCGCUGCCAGUUACGAGGAAAAUGAUGGAUAUCGUGUACAACAGGAUAAGUGAACCAGCGCUCAGAGGAACAUUCAUCCGACAACCGCAACCACUUAACGACAGAAAAGUGUACUACUUUCAAUAA